ACUCUGCCUGCUGUCUCUUUCAGUGGUAUCAGCUGAAGUGGAGAUGACGGCUUAUGCACUGCUGACCUACACAGUCCUGGGGGACGUGGCCUCGGCUUUGCCCGUGGUCAAGUGGCUCUCUCAGCAGAGAAACGCCCUCGGGGGCUUCUCUUCCACGCAGGACACAUGCGUAGCCCUCCAGGCCCUGGCCGAAUACGCCAUCCUCUCCUACAUUGGGGGCGUCAACCUCACCAUUUCACUGGCUUCCACCAACCUGGACUAUCAGGAGACCUUUGAGCUGAACAAAACCAACAAGAAGAUCCUCCAGACCACUGUGUGGCAAAGAAUAGCCUCAGUGGGGAAGGUGUCCAGUGGUGCAAGACCAUCCCUGGAGGCCAAUUUGCCCCCCUUUGCGAAGGAUCCAAAAUAA